AGAGAGAGAGAGACAUAUAUACAGAGAGAGAAGAAGAGAGGGAGUGUGACAGAGGAGAGCUUCGUAGCGCGCGGGUUAGAAACCUCGUUCAGUGCGGAGAGGAUGAAUCCGUGUUCGUCCGGCGACACGACACAUCGAUUCGCCGUUACUAUGAACGAACUCGGGGAAUGCGGUGGAGAUUACGCCGCGACGAGGAUCAUUGUGACAACGACGACGACAUGCUGGACCCGAACAACAUGGAAGUGGAACCGCGAGGAAGCCGAGUUGUGCUAGUGCCCGGUCCCGCGCUGUUCCGUCGUCCGCGACAUAAAUAAACUCGUGGAUGGUUGAAGAAUCAUACGGAAUAUAUAUACAUAUUGUACGCGUCUUAACUGCAUAUAGAUAACGCGAUAUUGAAUGCGCGAAGAUCUGUCGCCGAGUGGAUAAAAAGCGUUGAUUGUCGCUCGUUCUCCGUUCCUCGUCAUUCUCUUUCCCCGAGGGGGAUAUACGUCUUGGACACGCGCGUAGUAAUAAUGGAGACAUUAUUGCCCGGCAAUACCGCCGCUGGUCAAUCGUACAGUCCGCAGUUGAAGACCGUCCUCAAGACCUAUCAGCUGUCAGCUGUCAAGAGCCUGCAGGGUCCCAGCUCGGCCCUGCUGGGCAUGGACUGUAAGGCCUUGCUGCACGAGCAACAGUCGGCGACCUCGUGCUUCUCGCCACCCACCGUCAAUCGUCCAGCAGCCAACUGCGGCCUGGAGUCACCCGUGGAAUCGCAACCGCCAAAGGACGUUGUCGAGAAGGAGAGUCGCGAGACGUCGGCACGCACGUUGACGCCCGUUCCGAAAGCGCCUCGCUCGCUGGAGGAUUCGGACGAGGAUCGUCCCGCAGCGGUGGAACGCCCGAAGGUUGUGUGCGAGAAGCGCGAGCUCGAAUUUCAGAUACCGAUACUCACGGCGCCCGAUCAGAGCUGCUCUGAGAGAUGCGAGACGAUCCUCGAGGGCGAGAGGAUCUCAUGCUUUGUGGUGGGCGGCGAGAGGAGACUAUGCCUGCCGCAGAUAUUGAAUACGGUGUUGCAGGACUUCUCCCUGCAGCAGAUCAAUCAGGUAUGCGACGAGCUGCAGAUCUACUGCUCACGCUGCACCCGAGAUCAGCUCGAGGAGCUCAAGCAUUCCGGCAUCCUGCCGCGUAACGCGCCGUCCUGCGGUCUCAUCACCCAAACCGACGCCGAGAGACUCGUCAGUGCUUUGCUGUUACGGACAGAGUCCUGCGAUCCAUCCCAGAUUAAUCUAGCGCAAGACUGUCUUGAUAAGAAGAUGUGUAAGAGCGAGGAAGAGGAGGAGACGAUCGUUAAGUUCAAAGUGUAUCACGAAUGUUUCGGCAAGUGCAAAGGCAUCUUCGAUGCGAAGCUAUUUGAAACGGACGAUUCGGUAUGCAUCGAGUGUCUGGAGUGUGGCUACCAAUUCUCUCCCCAACGUUUCGUGAGACACGCUCACAGAUCUCUGGAGAACCGCACUUGUCAUUGGGGUUUCGAUUCUGCAAACUGGCGGUCUUAUCUCUUGCUCUCUCGUGAUCAACAACACUACAAUAAAUCGCUUAUCCUUUUUCGAGAGCUGAAAGAGAGGCACCUUGUAUUGAACUCCAAGCGAAAGCUAGAGCUGCGACAUGAGCACGAGAGAUUAGUGAAACGCACAAAGAAGGACAUAGGAAAGGAUGACUGUCCUGGAAUCUAUAAUGGCAACGGACUGGCAAUGUAUCAUCCUGUAUCUCAAAUAGCCACAGAUUCAUAUCUGCAGAUGCAGUGGGCAGUUUUUGAGCUCGCUGCCAGGGGCGCGGCCUUUCAGCCUUGGAACGCUGCAGGCAAUUGCAAGCACAGGGACAAUUCAUCGUUGGUGCCUGCAUAUCUCAGUCGAGGUCCGCCUGUACUGCAACAUCCCGAGCGAGUCAUUCCGCUUUCGGAGUGCGAACGUUUCGAGCCACAUUUCCAACCUAAUGUGGCAUUGGCGCCGAUACCGGCACCCGCACAGAUAGGCCAGAUACCGCCGCCUUCGUCUAUUCAUCAGCAACGACGGCAUCAUCACGAGCAUCGCCGUCACAAUCACCAUUCCUCGAGUCCCACAUGUGAGAAACAGGAGUUACUGUCGUCCGCCAGCGUCAAACUCGAGAAAACGAGAGAAUCGCCGCAUCAAGUGCCGGCUAUGGGUUCUUAUCCUCUGUACUACGUGUCCGACGAAAGUCAAAAGGAGGCGACAUCACCAAAAGACAGGAAGGAAAAAGAAGGCGAGGAAGAAGAGAGCAGCGCAGCAGUAACAUCGUCCACUGUGAGUGUGGAGCCGACGCCACUGGCAGCUUCCUCCGAAGUUGGUACCUCCUCGCCGUCGGAAAGCGAUUCAGAUAUAGAUGGUGCCGCAGCGGCGGAUCUUGAGGAGCGAUUGAGAGCACUGGAUGUGCCGCAAGAUGUGAUAGAGCUGGCGCAUCGUGUGGUGUUGGAAAACGCACAGCUACGACGUCAUCGACGAUCAGACGUUCGAGAAAUCUCUAAGUUACGCAGUCAACUGCAUAUGCAGAAGUUACAGCAACAGCAAUCUUCUACCGUCAUCGCCGAUGAUAAGAGUCAAGACAAGAAGGAAGACGUGACGGCGACGACACCGCGUUCCAGCGCGGCCGAUAGCACUGAGGGCGGUAACGAGGAGACGGACGCUGCGAAUUUACCAUCGAACAAUAAAGAGUCCGAGCCCGCCAGCGUCCUGGCAACUAAUAACGAGUCGGAUCAGUGAUUAGAAUAACGCGGAAGUUAUUUAACACUCCGACAACUGCUCAGCGAUUACCGCGACGACGCUCAUCCGUUGGCCGAAUAAGCGUGCACUGAGUUUAAUACGUUAGAUACAUAUAUAUUUACGAUUCUAAACGAAACGAUAAAUUGUCUAGGUUUAUGUGAUAUGCGACAAGCCUUUAAACGUUAUCGCAAGUAAUUCGGAAUUUUUACUGGGUAAGUAAAACACGUGCUGUCCAACUCAAAACAUCGGGCUGAUGGAGUUCUCGCGCUUCAUGCUCGUGCCUCGCGAAAUUUGAAUCGACCGACCGACCGACCGUUAUCAGCGAAGAUAGCUUGCCUUCCAUAUUCAUCGAUAGUUAUACGUCCACUUCCUAUUUGCACUUUAGCGUUCCGCGGAUAAUGAAAAAUGAUACACAUUUUUCCUCGAAAUAAAUUUCAGCUUGCCGAGUCUGUGGUACCGCGAAGACGAACGUGUUGCUCCGUUGACAUUUCGUGUUCCCAACCAUAAGAUGUUGGCGGAUUUCGAAAGAGUGAUACUCCCGAUGGGAGACGUGGCAAACCGAUGCCACGAGUUGGACAGCAACGUCAAGUAUACUUGUAUCGAUCGAUUUUUUCAUUAAAAUCGUAUGUAGAUAUUGUAUUAUAUAUCGAAAUGCGGGGAAGAGUAGAUUUAAUGGAUUAUAUCGCGCCAAUAAAAUGAUUACAUUUAAUUACAAUGUGACAUUUCGUAUAUAUUUAAUAUAUACGAAAUGUAAAGCAAGGUUUUUACGAUAUAAUAUCCUUGAAUAUAUGAAUAAAAAAGAAAGAGAGAAUGCAUAUGCGUGUGAAAGAAAGAUGGAGAUUUCUAGUGAGAAUGUAUUUAGAUUGCUUCCCAUUCACAUCUUGGUAGUCAUGAUUGCAUAAUGUAAACACAUUAUGGCAUCAUAGGUGUACGUUUAUGAUUAAUUACAAUAUCAUGACGAAAUAAUGCUAAAGUACAAAAAACCUAGGUGCUAUAUUGUUAUUCUAGGUAUGCUGUAAGCAUAAACCUAGGUGUGUUCCAGCAGCUCGUACCAUAUUGUAAUAGCCAGAACGUUAUAUACACGUUCCAAAAAAAA